GUGACCGCUGUGUGUCUAACAUGUCGGCGCCCGGUGGAGGGAGAGCGGAGUCUGCCGGGCUGGUGAGAUCCCUCCGGUGUGUCCGUGCAGUUAGCAGGAGCCGUGUCCCCCACAGUGCCCGGUGUAAGGACAGACUGAGGAUCGCCCUGAUAUUGCACUGUUUGCUGUAUGUGAACGCCAGAACCUCGCAAGUUGAUGACUUGCUGUCUCCUUAUCACCCCCUUUCUAAGCAUGGCCCAAGCCGCAGCCAUCGUGAGACCAGAGACUGUUUGCGUGUCACUCAUGGAAACAAAACACAUGAAACAUGGCCGAGUAAUAAUGACACAACAUGGCCCGCGGCCUCCACUAGGAUUUAUAUCUCAAUGUUUCCUGGUACUCCUCAAAAGGCUGUUUAUGGCCACUUUACCUUCAUAAAUAACCCACUGAAGACUGUAUCUGUGCUAGAGCCUGGUAGUCCUGGAGGAUGUGCUAGUAAUUUGACAGCAACUGUCGAAGAAACGGCAAAACAUGGAAAGUGCCUCGUGGCCCAAAAUGGAGGAUAUUUUAAUACUACAACUUUUCAGUGCCUUGGAAACGUUGUCAGCAAUGGCAGAUUGGUACAGAGCUCCAAAGGAAUACAAAAUGCCCAGUUUGGCAUUAGAGAAGAUGGUACCAUGGUGUUUGGCUACUUGUCAGAGGAGGAGGUCUUGGACACAGAAAAUCCCUUUGUACAGCUUGUGAGUGGAGUUGUGUGGUUGUUGCGAAACGGCGAGGUGUAUAUUGGCCAGAGCAAGAAAGUAGAAUGCGACGAGACUCAAACUACAGGUAAUUUUGAUGAGUUUAUUGAUACGAUGUCGGCUAGGACAGCAGUGGGACACGAUACAAAGGGACGUCUUAUUCUGUUUCAUGCAGAUGGACAGACUGCGGGGAGAGGCCUAAGCUUGUGGGAGAUGGCCAAUUUCCUGAAAGCUCAAGGUGUUUACAAUGCCAUAAACCUUGAUGGAGGAGGAUCAGCCACUCUGGUACUUAAUGGGACUCUGGCCAGUUAUCCUUCUGACCACUGCCUGAAUGACUCAAUGUGGCGCUGUCAACGGAGUGUGUCUACUAUUGUCUGUGUCCAUGAACCAUACUGUGAUCCCCCUGACUGUGGAGGCCACGGACAGUGUGUUGCAGGAGCGUGUCAUUGUACCGGCUACUGGACGGGAAGUUCGUGUGAUGUCCUCCUUUGUGGUCCUUCAAACUGUAGUGGUCAUGGGAUGUGCACCCAGAGUGGUUGUAAAUGUGACGCUGGCUGGAAUGGCAGUAACUGUAGUAAUGCAUGUAUUCAGGGUUACUACGGAGAUGGUUGUGCCAGCAAGUGUCAGUGCCAGAACAAUGGGACAUGUGACCACAUUAAUGGGAACUGUAUGUGUCCAGAUUCAAAUCAAUGGGCUCAAAUCUUGUGUCCAUUGGGUUUUUAUGGUUUACAGUGCCAGAAGGUUUGCCUUUGUGAAAAGCAGUGUUACUGUGACCAUGUUACCGGGAGCUGCAAUGUUACUCGUGCACCUGUAGUGACAGAGCUACUUAUGAAAGUUGGUUAUUGUGUGGAAUCGCUGAUGUAUGCGUCUUGGUGGAAAGCAGUGCCUUCUGAUUCCAAAAUAAUAUAUUUCACUGAACAAACAUGGGCAAUAGUAAGCUGCACUCUUGCUGUGCUCCUCGUGAUCAGUGCUGCAUUUAAUAUCAAGCAAGUAUGGACAUGCAGAGAAAGACGUACAGAUUGGACCUAUUCCUACCAGCAGCUGCGAGAAAUGAAUGGAAAUGUGGAUGUUCCUGAUAUGUAUGAGGCCUGUGACUUGUACAACUCCGAUUUCGAUGUGGAAACCUCGCACCUUGAAAGUGGAAGUUGAAGUCUGGGGUGUAACAUAAAGCAGAUGGAUCAGCACCUACCUAUGCAGUCUGUGACAUGCAGAAACCUUGUGCCUUAACCUCAUACUGGGGUUUCAAAGCUUGAAGAUAUUGAAUGAGUAUUCCAUCAGAUAUCUGAUGAUAAUGGUACAGUAUUCAGGACACUGUUAUGAUCUUGAUAAAAGGUAUAUGUAUUUUAUUAUAUGGACUGCAUUGCCAUGAC